AGUACGAUGUUAGCCAUGGGGUAAAACUGAGGCGUAUAAUGGACUUUUGGCGAUUAUUUGUCAUAUCUGACAGUUUUCGCCUUGUUAAUCGUCAACAUUUGAUCUCGGAUAUACGGAGAGGCCUGUAAAUGGAUCCAGCGGUUUCGCGUGAAUGUCCUGCGGGUUCAGGAGCACUUUCAGUGGAGGAGAGAGGAGGAAAUCAGCCGGAGGAGGUGACGGACGAAAGCAGAGAAGCUGACGGGGAAUCCGAGGAGACAGAGAUGGAGGGCAAAGACUCUGAUAGAUCUAAAUGUCAAGAUGAAAACUCACUGCAUGGAAAACUGACUGAGGAGGAAUUAGAUCCUAGAAUCCAGGAGGCACUGGAGCGUCUGAACGAGGCAAGUGAGGAGAUCAACAAAAUGGAACUGGAACUACAAGAGGUUCGGUCCAGCCAUAGGAGGAUAAUGAGUGACUCUGUGCUUAAACUCAAGGCGAAAAGUUCAGAACUGGGGUCCUGCAUCGAGAAGGCCAGACCUUACUAUGAGGCACGAAGAAAAGCAAAAGAGGCCCAGCAGGAGACCCAGAAAGCAGCGCUCAGCUUUGAGAGAGCAGUGUCCAUGCACUUGGCUGCUCGAGAGAUGGUCCACGUGGCUGAACAGGGCCUCACUGCAGUCAAGACGCUAGAUCCAACCUGGCAAGAGAUGCUGAAUCAUGCAACCUCAAAGGUGAACGAGGCGGAGGAGGAGCGCAUAAAGAGCGAACGUGGGCACAUGCUUGUCACCCAGCUGUGUCAGGAGGCAGAAGCCCGCGUGCAGGAGCUGCAGAAGUCACUGAAGAGAUCCAUCGUCAAGUCCAAGUCUUACUUUGAGCUCAAGGCUCAGUUCAAUGACGUUCUAGAGGAGCACAAGUCAAAAAUUUUACUAUUAGAGGAGCGUAUUUCCAAAGCCAAGUUAAAUUACUCCAGCACUCUGCGCCACCUGGAGGAAAUCAGCGAGGAGAUACAUGCCCAGAGGGAACAGGACCAAACAAAGGAUGGACCAAUCAAAACGUGCAGUGGGCGGAGCCCUCCUGUAGGAGCAGAGACAACCAACAGCACAGGUACCGAAGGUGGAGCCUGUGGAGGCCACCCAAGACCAAACGAUUGGGUGUCUGGAAAAGAGGGUGUGGCCAAUACUAGAGAGUGGGUGGAUACGCAUCAGAACUCCAGGUGGGUGGACAUGGGAAGAGCAGAGAUGACACGGUCUGGUUCAGACUCUCUUUCCAUCGUCAGCCUCCAGACCAUCAUCUCUGAUCUUGAAAAGUGUGACUCAGUUGAACACCUGGGCCACCUCAGCAGUGACAUCAGUCUCUCAGGUGAAGAAGGGGAGAGAUACGGGACGGAGAAUGAUAAGAAGCUAGUGAGGCAAAUAAACGCAGACAUUUCGGAGUUCCUCAAACAACACAUAAGAAGUGUCAGUUUAUGAGUGCGUCUAUAAAUAAUGCUCGUUAUAUAUUUUCUACAUUUUCCUUGAUGAUUUUUGAGCUUGAUUCUUGACUGACUGAGCAAUUUUUUUAUUUUUAUUUAUUGUUAAGCUUUUUAUAAGUACUUGUAAAGGAGAAAGACCAAAUUAAAAAUCUUAAUAUAUAUAUUUUUUUCUUUAUUUUAUUUAUUUAUUUUUUUGAGAGAGAUGAUUUGGUAUCUCAAAUCAAGUGGUAAAAGACUGACAAUAUUUGUAAUGGUAGCAACCCUACAGUUUGAUUAACUUAAUCAUAAAUAAUAUCAUAUAUUUCUUCUUCAUCCUGAUAAGCAGUUAAUGUUUUUCUAUGCAAAUGUAUAAAACUGUGUCUUUAUAAAAACAGUCUUAUUAUAAUCUCUAUAGCUGACAUGAUAAAAUAAGUCAGUUUUGCUCUCCACUUUAGUUCGCUUGACACAAACUAUUUGAAGGUAAAAUGCCUUUAAAAUGAGGUAAAAUUAUUUUCAUUUUAAUGUUCUUCCAUGCUGACUUUGAAAUAGUGAUUCACAAAAAGUGUUUGUGCUCAAGUGACAAAUGGCAUGCAUGAGGUUUGCUUUAUAUUCAUCUCGUUUGCAUUAGUGCACUCUGGCCUUUUCAUCAGAAGAAACAUUCAUUCCGACCGAAAUACAGAUUUUGUGCAGUUGAAGAAAUUAAGGGUUUAUUUUCAGUGGUGGGAUUCUAAAACUAAACAUUUAUGUUUUGCUGUUUAAGACAAUCACUAUUUUAAUUUAAUGAAUUUUUAGGUGUCUAUGAAUGCUAUUUUUUUUAAUCAUUAUUUGAUAUUCUGUUCAUUCAGUGUGCUUUAUACAUCUUUAAUAACCCUCAGUGUGAGCACUGGAAGUUGAUAUUAUUGUCUUUAUUAGUGUUCUGUAUGAAGAUGUGCACAGUGGUGACAUUUGCAACUUCUGAUGGAACAAUAAA